AUGAAGUUUCUAGUUCUCUUUUUAGUUCUGAAUCUAAUUACAACUGAAAUCUUCCUUCGAUCAACAGCUGCAACUAGAAAACCUCAAGAAGUUUCUAAAUUCCGAGCAAUUUACUGUAAAGCUAAUAAUAGAUCACUAAUAUUAAAGCACUGCUAUGUGAAAUCUUAUUCAAGAACUGACACUGUUAUCAAUAUUUUAAUUCAUCUACCUCAAAAAGUCUACAAGCCUGUUUUUGUACAAUUUAUAGCAUCCUUUCAAUUUGGAAUCAAUUUUCGCGAAAUUAUGAAUUCUCAAAAACAGGAAUGGUGCGAUUUUAUGGACGGCGAUUCAACAAAUAUUUUUAUGAAAGCUGUUCUGGAUAUGAUUAGACAUCAGCCUGGAAUACGUAAUGUGUUUCAGAAAUGUCCACUAGAAGGUGAUAUGGAAAUUUCUAAUGUUACAGCUGACACAAAAGAACUUUAUAAAGCACUUCCAAGUGGAAAUGUUCGAUUUGAAAUGUAUAUUUUUAAAGAUGAUGAAAAAGUAUUUUCGUUGAGGUUGAAUCAGGAGAUUAAGAAAGAUCCUUUACUAAAUUGA